AUGAAUAUCAUUAAAUCAAUAUUCACCAAGCCUUGCUCCCCUAUAUAUAAGCUCCUUGGAUCACGAUCUCGGCGAGCUGUGUGUGGGAAUGGGAAAAUCACAGAAGAACCAGAUGAUUAUCACCCAGGAGGGUUGCACCCAGUGUCGCUAGGUGACACCUUCAAUUUCAAUCAAUAUGAAAUCCUCCGGAAACUGGGCUAUGGACAAUACUCGACGGUGUGGUUAGCGAGGGAUUCAAAAUAUCAACGAUAUGUGGCGCUUAAGAUCCUCAGGGCCGAUUGUUACGGUGGACCCCACGAUAUCUUUGAGAGAGAGAUGUUGUUGAAGAUUGCAGAGAAAAACUGUCACCAAGGUCAUCAUCAUGUAUCCAGUCUUCUCGAUCAUUUCAAUCAUGCUGGGCCCAAUGGCGAUCAUGUCUGCUUGGUCUUCAACGUCCUGGGGCAUCAUCUGGGGCACCAGAUUAUUAAAUAUGAAGGUCUACGACUUCCGGUAAAGUCUGUCAAGGUGAUUACACGGCAGCUGCUCCUGGGGUUAGACUUUCUCCACCGAAAGUGUGGGAUUAUCCAUACCGAUCUAAAGCCAACAAAUAUCCUUCUCGAGUUGGAAAAUCCGAGCCAGGUGAUUUCCCAGUAUCUGGGAAAGGUUCCCCCGCGCACCGGUCCGAUGCGCGGUGGGAUAGGGCCACUGCGCGAGGUACUCACAACACCUCUCAUCCCAGAUAUGGCGAAACCUCAUGUCCGAAUAAUAGACUUUGGCGUGGCAUCAUGGAGGGGAAAUCAUCUAACAGAUGUGAUCCAGUCCCCCGCCCUGAGAGCACCUGAAGUAAUUAUUGGUGCUCCCUGGGAUGCCGGGGUGGAUAUAUGGAGUCUCGGAUGUCUUACAUUGGAAUUUGUCCAAGGGAUUGUCCCGUUCUCCUGCCAGGCAUCAAAGAAAGGGACUUGGACAGUUGAAGACGAUCAUCUAGCGAGAAUAACCGAGAUCAUUGGUCCAUUCCCGCCUCAGUUCAUAGAAAAGGGCAGCCGUGCCUCGCACUUUUUCGACAAACAAGGAAACCUCAUUCGGAUCCCUAACUUGAGUCCCACAAGCCUGGAACGCCUCGUAAACGGGACCGCAAUGCCUUUCUCAAAGCCGAGUGAUAUGCCUAAUGCAGAUGUCCCUAUCUUUGUCGACUUCCUAAGAGGCAUGCUUGCAAUUGACCCGGAGACUCGAAAAUCAGCCUCAGAACUUCUUCAACACGAGUGGAUCAAUCGUGGAGCCGAGUGA